AUGAAAUUUCUCUCGGUGUUGGCAGCACUCGUGCCGCUUGCUGCUGGACAGGCACCGCCUUCGCUCGUUCCCAUCCUAAACACUGAUCCGGCAUUUAGAGCUUGGGCUCUCUACGCUCACAACGUUGACCGGGCACUUCACGGCGUCCCUCCUCUUGUGUGGCAUGACAAUCUUUCCAACUACGCUCAGCAGUGGGCUAACCAGUGCGUCUGGGCGCAUUCGAACGGAAUGUACGGUGAGAAUCUUCACGGUCUCUGGAUUCGCACUCCCCUUGACUUCAUUAAUCAAACGCGUUCCGGAAUCCACGAUGGCUGGUACAAGGAGAUUGACCUGUACGACUACAACAAACCUGGGUUCGCUGCUGCUACCGGCCAUUUCACCCAGGUCGUCUGGAAGAACACUACAUACGUUGGCUGCGCCUGGAACACCACGCCAUGCAAGUCGGGCGUCUGGAACUGGUUCGAAUUGGUCUGCGAGUAUUGGCCGGCAGGGAACGUUCUCAACGAUGCGAUUUUCAGGGCGAACGUGCCACCGCCGCUUGUUAAACAGGUCACGAACCCGGUCCUCGGAGCGGUUGGAAGCAUAGUGAACGGAGUGGGAGGAGCUGUUGGCUCACUCAUCGGGGGAGGGUAAUCUUCAUGACUUGUAUAACAUGCCCCUAGUCUGCCACAAGUGUCAAGUCGAAAUGUCCU